UGUACGAUUGGUUAAAUUUAUCCGGUUACGCAUCUCGUUAAAACACCGGCAUAUUUCAUUAACGCACCCGCACCAAGGAUCGGCGUCAUUAUAUAUAAAACUACAGGUGAAAUGCAAUCUUCACAUUAAACUGUCGGGAGUCAAGAAUAAUAACAACUGAAUCCUCAAGAUGAUUCUGUCAGCAAGUGUUUUUCUUCUCGUCAUUUCGACGUCCUUAGCACUGAACUGUAAUGGUCCGGCAGACAUCGUCGUAGCUGUUCCCGCAUCAAAAGAUGUCCCCGAUUCUGAGUUCCAGCACAUCGAAGCGUUCCUCGUCAACGUCACCCGAUACUUCAGUCUCCCCCAGACUCAGAUCGGCCUCAUUCUCUACGGUAACGACACCGAGGUCAUCUCCGGCUUAAAAUCCAAGCUGAACUCGUUUGAGACCAACACCAGAAUAACUCUUCUGUCUCAACGAUACUCCUACAAUGACACCGUUUCCGGCAGCCUCGAUGUGGCUGGAGCAAUCAGAGCCGUACACGAAAUGCUGACCUUGAAUGGGCGACAAGUCGCGACCAAGAUUGGAGUUAUCAUGACAUACGGUGGAUUGGAUCACGUGACAACAGACAACGAGACGGACGGAUCGACUGUGGACGAGAUUCUUCUGGCUGCCGGUAAAGCGCUGGGUGAUGACGUCAAACUCUACGCCACAGCGACCAAUGGCAGCAUUCCAUUCUUCCAGAAUAUCACACAAAACACGUGCAGGUUGUUCAGUUUCGGUAGCAUGGCCAACUUGAAGGAUGUGGUACCUUACAUCGCCAGCAGUAUGUGCUACCUAAUCGACGGGUCGGUCGUGUCAGAACAACCAAACAACUGCUUUCCUGAACUAAAACAGACUCCCCCAGUAGAAGAGUUCUUUUCCUGUCCAGCGACGUCAGUGGAGUACUUGCCCGACCCGACCAACUGCGCCUACUGGUACUACUGUGUGGGUGGGUCCGCCCUGCGACAGGCCUGUCCAGCCGGAACUCUGUUCGACGCGUCCGCCCUGAGAUGUGACUACAAGAACGGCGUGUCCUGCUUCACCGAGAUCAGCUGCCCAGAGCCGUUCGGGAUGUUCAACCACCCGUCCGACUGCUCCAAGUUCCUCAACUGUUUCGACAACAUCCCCCACGUCAUGGCCUGUCCCGGGGGAACCCUCUUCAACGCUGAGCGCGGGUACUGUGAUUUCGAAGUCAAUGUCCAGUGUCCGGUUGUUUCGGUGUAAUUUCUAAAGUGAUCGAUUUUGCGUAAUAUUUUAAGAGAAUGAUUUAUGCAAAGUUCAUUUGAUGUUUGUGUUAAAGCUGCAGUAUCUCACAUCCUUAUUAUAACAUUGUUUUAUAAUGCAAAAUACAACAACCAUAAUCAUAUAUUUACUAAAUUCUUGUCUUUUCACUAUCAACGCAUACAGUAAACUACCCUGCUAUAUGUUUAAAUUUUGUUUAUUUGUAUUAAAAGUGAAUUCUCUGUUUAAAACCCCACAAGGUAAAAUUCUCAAUGUUUUGUUUUAUAUCUAUACAUGUGUAUAUGACCUACAUUAGUGACUGCUUAUUGAAGAACAUUACUGGAAGAAAAAUAGUUCUAGAGGUUACAGCUUUAAGUUUUCAAUUUGUUUUACCUAUUUAUGUACAGAAGUUGUAUAUCUGUUUAUAUACCAUGCAAACUUACAUGUUGAAUGCUUGAACAUAUAUCAACUAGAGUAAAACCAAGUGUUUUAUGUUUUAGGAUGUUUUUGAAAUCCAGUUUUUUUCUUUUACAUUUUAAAUAUGAAUCAUAUCUGUAGUAGCGAUGUGUGCACGAGACGUAUGAAUUACAUAUUAUAUGUGAAUGAUCAAUAGAUAUAAAACGAAAAUAAAAUGAAAUAGUGAUUUUGA